GAAAACGCGCAGGGGUCCUUCGGGCAGAUCCACAGACACCUUUGUUUACAUACACGUCACCAGGAAGUGGAAGAAACUUCGAAAUGUUGAGACAGGAUUCACAGGGUGAUGUUCCUCUGUUUGAUGAGGAUGAGACUGCACGAACCAGGAGCAAGUUAAAUAUCCAACAUCCUUUGGCCACUUUCUUCCACCUGUUCUUCCGUGUCAGCGCUAUCCUGGUCUAUCUGUUGUGCGAGAUCCUCAGCUCCAGCUUCAUUGCCUGCAUGGUCACCAUCAUUCUCCUGCUGUCAUGUGACUUUUGGACAGUGAAGAAUGUGACUGGACGGCUGCUGGUAGGUCUGAGGUGGUGGAAUCAGGUAGAUGAGAACGGGAAGAGCCAUUGGGUGUUCGAGUCUCGUAAGGAAACGAGCAAAAAAAUAGUUUCAAGUUCAGAAUCGCGGAUUUUCUGGCUCGGCCUUAUCGUGUGCCCCAUCUUAUGGGUGAUUUUUGUGUUUUCCACUCUCUUUUCCUUCAAAAUUAAGUGGCUGGCGGUGGUGCUUAUGGGAGUCGUGUUACAGUGGGCUAACCUCUAUGGGUAUGUCAAAUGUAAAGUCGGGGGUGGAACCAAUCUGAAAAACAUGGCAACCAGCUAUCUGGGCCUUCAGCUCUUUAAGCAGGCAAUGAAUAAAACACCAGGACCCUAAUGUGUCUUCAAGAAUUUGACAUCUCUGCGCUGCUAACGUUCUUAUUUAUUUUCUUGUACUGACAUUGUCAGCAACUCUUGCAACUUUUUCCAAAUUCUUCUGGGGUUUUUAGUUUUUUAUUUCUUAAAAUAUAUUAGAUAUUUACAUUCAUUCUGCUCUAGAGUAUAUUGGAUUUAGCAUUCUGUUGUGAAUAUGUGCCAAGAUCAAAGUAGUAUAUCUUGUAUAUUGUCAGUGGGAUAAUUUAAAUAUAGUUAUAAUUCCGUUAAUUGCAAUGCUUUUUGACCAUUUACAUUUUAGUUUAGCACAAUUUUUCUUAUAAUUGCAUAUAAAUUUGUAAAAGGUGGAUGAAAAUAAAAGACUAGAUUGGUUGUCUGGUCUGUAAUAAAUCAUUAUUAAAUAGUUGUGUGUAGUCAGUAUUAUUUCAGUAAUGUUGUCCAAUGACUAAAAAAAUAUAAUAUUGGCACUUACAAAAUUUGCCAUUUUGUGCUCUUGCUAAAAUUAUGUUGAUCAGCAAUUCUUUACAUUUAAAAUUUAUUCAUUUAUUACAAUUAUUUAUAAGCCACUGUUAUAGUAUUUCACCUCUUAAUUUACCCAUAAGGAAGGGGCUAGAGUGUUUUAAAAAAUGUGGAUUACAGUAAUGGGAACAAAUCUUUUACUGUAAAAGGCUGCAAUGUGCCUAAAAAUAAAAAUUGAAAAAAAAAAAAAUUGGCUGCUUAUGUAACACCCUCAGCAGCAACCUCAUUUAACCUCCCGUCUGUGCCACCCACCUGCACCUGUUUCUCACUUAAGUUAGAUUAUUAUUGUUUUUUUAGGUCACUGUGGCUUAACAAACAGGGCCUUAAUACUUUUGCAUAAAACUGUGUGUCUACCGAACCACAUGUGGUAUGAGUAUUCAUGUAUGUGAUAUCUAUGUGACAGUUAUGAAAAAGCAUAACUGUUCAUGUUUUUUAUUUACAAAAUAGCACUUUUCAACGAUGACUAAAUGAUGGUUGGUUGAUAUUCUUGCAAAAAAAUCAAAUACGUUGGAGGAAUAUGCUCCAUGCAUACGAUACAACACACCACAAUAAAGUGUUAACACAUGCCCUCGGUAAGAGAAACCGGCAUAUGUUCACUGUGAUAACUAGAAAUUUUAUUGAUUGUUUCUACUUAUUAUUGAAGAAAAAGUCAAAAUAAUUGAAUAUUAUUUAAUUGCUUGUAAAGGUUUGCUUUGAGCUGUAAUAUUAUUGUUAUUAUUAUUAUGAUUUUAAGUCCUAAUAACCUUUUUAGCCUGUUUUAGUAGUAUUCCGAAAAGCCUAAUCAUUUUGUAUGUCAGCAACACAUUGAUCAAAUUGAAAUGUAGUGCAUCUGGAAAUUAAUUCUAAACUCUUAAUGCAAGAAGUUGCUAAUUGUUUUUUACUGAUUUUUUGCUUUUCAGUUACAGCUUUUUCUGCAUGUCACAAAUGAAAAGCAGCAUAUUGUGCGACAAUAUUUUGACAAUUUGUCAUGUUCUUCAUAAAAUGUUCUUUAUCAAAUUACUGGACAUAAGCUCUUUGUGGUUACAUACACAAAUGUACACAUCUUGCAAUGUUGAUAUAAAUUUUAUUCUUUUAUUAAAAAAAAAACUUUUAUUCACUCAGUCACAUAAAUGAGCUGUCCGUAGUUGUUUUUAAUGAAGCAUACUACAUAUGAGUUUCUUACAUCAUAAAUUUCUACUUUUAUAUUUGCAUUGAUUAGAGUAUUUAAAUGUUAUUAGCAGUAACAGAGAAAUCCAAGUUGUUGAGUGAUUUUUUUAGAAAUUCAGAUUGUCAUUGCUACACUUUUGUGUCUUGACGAUAGCAAAUGCACAUAACAUGUAAACAAUAUCCAAGAUUAAAUAGACAAUAAAACAUAAAUUGUCCCAAGA